AUGCUUUCCCUGCAGGCGCUUUCCCAGCGCAGCCUUGCUCGCCAGCGCCGCCCAGUGUGUCGCGUGGUUCCCAGCAGUGCUGCCACAAGCCCCUGUCACCUCUUCCAUGUGGUGUCUGGCCAAGAGCUAUGGAACUGGUGCUCCUAUGUGGUGACCCGUACCAUCUCAUGCCACGUGCAAAAUGGCACCUACCUUCAGCGAGUGCUGCAGAAUUGCCCCUGGCCCAUGAGCUGCCCAGGGAACAGCUACAGAACCGUGGUGAGACCCACAUACAAGGUGAUGUACAAGACAGUGACCACGCGUGAGUGGAGGUGCUGCCCCGGGCACUCAGGGGUGAACUGCGAGGAAGUUUCAGGUUCCGCUGGCUUCUUGGAGCCUGGCUGGUCAGGCAACACCAUGCGACGGAUGGCACUUAGGCCCACAGCCUUCGCAGGUUGCCUCAACUGCAGCAAAGUAUCAGAGCUGACCGAGCGGCUGAAGGUGCUGGAAGCCAAGGUGGCGGUGCUAACUGUCACUGAGCGGGCAGUGCUCCCGACCCCAGCGGCACCCGGGGACCCUGUCCCACUCUGGGGCUCCCCAGCUGCCCGGGGUAGCCCGGGAGAUGGAAGCCUCCAAGGGCUACCAGGAGCCAGAGAGAACGUGAGGGCCCCGCUGCUCCCUCGAGAGGAUCGAGUUGGUGGCCAGGGGCUUCCUGGGCCCACUGGCCCCAAGGGAGACACUGGCAGCCGGGGCCCAACGGGGAUGAGAGGCCCACCAGGUCCUCAGGGCCCCCCAGGAAGCCCUGGCCAGGCUGGAGCUGUGGGCACUCCUGGAGAGAGGGGACCUCCAGGUCCACCAGGGCCUCCUGGCCCCCCUGGGCCCCCUGGCCCCCCAGCCCCUGUUGGACCACCCCAUGCCUGGAACCCCCAAUAUGGGGACCCAUUACUGUCCAACACCUUCACUGAGACCAGCAGCCACUGGCCCCAGGGACCAGUCGGACUCCCAGGCCCCCCAGGGCCAAUGGGUCCCCCUGGACUUCCUGGUCCCGUGGGCAUUCCUGGGAGUCCUGGACACAUGGGACCCCCAGGCCCCACUGGACCCAAAGGAAUCUCCGGCCACCCAGGAGAGAAGGGAGAGAGAGGACUGCGUGGAGAACCUGGCCCCCAAGGCUCCAUGGGGCAGCAGGGAGAACCUGGCCCCAAAGGAGACCCUGGUGAGAAGAGCCACUGGGGGGAGGGGUUGCACCAACUACGCGAGGCUUUGAAGAUUUUAGCUGAGAGGGUUUUAAUCUUGGAAACAAUGAUUGGGCUCUAUGAACCAGAGGGGUCGGGGGCAGGCCCUGCCGGCACAGGCACCCCCAGCCUCCUGCGGGGCAAGAGGGGAGGACACGCGGCCAACUACCGGAUCGUGGCCCCCAGGAGCCGCAACGAGAGAGGCUGA